AUGGCGCCUGCCUGGGGCCAUGGUGUAGCGUCUGUUAUCAGGCCUGUGGGCCUCCUCGUGGUCCUGCUGAUAGGAGGCUGUGUUGCAGAAGAGCCCCCCAGGUUCAUCAAGGAACCCAAGGACCAGAUUGGAGUGUCGGGGGGCGUGGCCUCCUUCGUGUGUCAGGCCACAGGUGACCCCAAGCCACGGGUGACCUGGAACAAGAAGGGCAAGAAGGUCAAUUCACAGCGCUUUGAGACGAUCGAGUUCGAUGGGAGUGCAGGGGCUGUGCUGAGGAUCCAGCCACUUCGGACACCCCGAGAUGAGAAUGUGUAUGAGUGUGUGGCCCAGAACUCAGUCGGGGAGAUCACCGUCCACGCCAAGCUCACUGUCCUCCGAGAGGACCAGCUGCCCCCCGGUUUCCCCAACAUCGACAUGGGCCCCCAGCUGAAGGUGGUGGAGCGGACACGGACGGCCACGAUGCUCUGUGCUGCCAGUGGUAACCCUGACCCCGAGAUCACCUGGUUCAAGGACUUCCUGCCCGUGGACCCCAGUGCCAGCAAUGGGCGCAUCAAGCAGCUGCGAUCGGGAGCCCUGCAGAUCGAGAGCAGCGAGGAGACGGACCAGGGCAAGUAUGAGUGCGUGGCCACCAACAGUGCCGGCGUGCGUUACUCCUCACCCGCCAACCUCUACGUGCGAGUCCGCCGCGUGGCGCCACGGUUCUCCAUCUUGCCCAUGAGCCACGAGAUCAUGCCAGGUGGCAACGUGAACAUCACCUGCGUGGCCGUGGGCUCACCCAUGCCGUACGUCAAGUGGAUGCAGGGGGCCGAGGACCUGACGCCCGAGGAUGACAUGCCUGUGGGCCGGAACGUGCUGGAACUCACAGACGUGAAGGACUCUGCCAACUACACAUGCGUGGCCAUGUCCAGCCUGGGCGUCAUCGAGGCUGUGGCACAGAUCACAGUGAAAUCUCUCCCCAAAGCCCCCGGGACUCCCGUGGUGACAGAGAACACAGCCACUAGCAUCACCAUCACGUGGGACUCAGGCAACCCAGACCCUGUGUCCUACUACGUCAUCGAAUAUAAAUCCAAGAGCCAGGACGGGCCGUACCAGAUCAAAGAGGACAUCACCACCACGCGUUACAGCAUCGGCGGCCUGAGCCCCAACUCUGAGUACGAGAUCUGGGUGUCGGCUGUCAACUCCAUCGGCCAGGGUCCGCCCAGCGAGUCGGUGGUCACGCGCACCGGCGAGCAGGCCCCCGCCAGCGCGCCGAGGAACGUGCAGGCCCGCAUGCUCAGUGCCACCACCAUGAUCAUCCAGUGGGAGGAGCCGGUGGAACCCAAUGGCUUGAUUCGGGGCUACCGGAUCUAUUACACCAUGGAACCCGAGCACCCUGUGGGCAACUGGCAGAAGCACAACGUGGACGACAGCCUGCUGACCACCGUGGGCAGCCUUCUGGAGGACGAAACGUACACAGUGCGCGUACUGGCCUUCACCUCCGUGGGCGACGGGCCCCUCUCAGACCCUAUCCAGGUCAAGACUCAGCAGGGAGUGCCCGGCCAGCCCAUGAACUUCCGGGCCGAGGCUAAGUCAGAGACGAGCAUCGGGCUCUCCUGGAGCCCCCCGCGGCAGGAGAGCAUCAUCAAAUACGAGCUCCUCUACCGGGAAGGCGACCACGGCAGAGAGGUCGCGAGGACCUUCGACCCGGCCACGGCCUUUGUGGUGGAUGACCUGAAACCCAACACGGAGUACGCCUUUCGCCUGGCGGCGCGCUCCCCGCAGGGCCUGGGCGCCUUCACCUCGGUGGUGCGGCAGCGCACGCUGCAGUCCAAACCGUCAGCCCCCCCUCAAGAUGUUAAGUGCGUCAGCACGCGCUCCACGGCCAUUUUGGUAAGUUGGCGCCCGCCGCCGCCGGACACGCACAACGGGGCCCUGGUGAGCUAUAGCGUCCGCUACCGACCGCUGGGCUCGGAGGACCCGCAACCCAAGGAGGUGAACGGCAUCCCCCCGACCACCACCCAGAUCCUGCUGGAGGCGUUGGACAAGUGGACGGAGUACCGCAUCACGGCCGUCGCUCACACAGAGGUGGGACCAGGGCCUGAGAGCUCGCCCGUGGUCGUCCGCACCGACGAGGACGUGCCCAGCGCGCCGCCGCGGAAGGUGGAGGCGGAGGCGCUCAACGCCACGGCCAUUCGCGUGCUGUGGCGCUCGCCCGCGCCCGGCCGCCAGCAUGGCCAGAUCCGCGGCUACCAGGUCCACUACGUGCGCAUGGAGGGCGCAGAGGCCCGAGGGCCGCCGCGCAUCAAGGACAUCAUGCUGGCCGAUGCCCAGUGGGAGAUGGACGACACGGCUGAAUAUGAGAUGGUCAUCACAAACCUGCAGCCUGAGACUGCCUAUUCCAUCACGGUAGCCGCCUACACCAUGAAAGGCGAUGGCGCUCGCAGCAAACCCAAGGUGGUAGUGACCAAAGGAGCAGUGCUGGGCCGCCCCACCCUGUCGGUGCAGCAGAUCCCCGAGGGCAGCCUGCUGGCACGCUGGGAGCCCCCGGCCGGCGCCACCGAGGACGAGGUGCUGGGCUAUCGCCUGCAGUUCGGCCGCGAGGACUCGUCCCCCCUGGCCACGCUGGAGUUCCCGCCCACUGAGGACCACUACACCGCAUCGGGCGUGCACAAGGGGGCCACGUAUGUGUUCCGGCUGGCGGCCCGGAGCCGAGGCGGCCUGGGCGAGGAGGCGGCCGAGGUCUUGAGCAUCCCUGAGGACACACCCCGUGGCCACCCGCAGAUCCUGGAGGCAGCUGGCAACGCCACGGCGGGCACUGUCCUGCUCCGCUGGCUGCCGCCUGUGCCCGCUGAGCGCAACGGGGCCAUUGUCAAGUACACAGUGGCCGUGCGGGAGGCUGGCGCCCUGGGCCCUGCCCGAGAGACCGAGCUGCCAGCAGCGGCCGAGCCGGGCGCCGAGAAUGUGCUCACGCUGCAGGGCCUCAAGCCCGACACAGCCUAUGACCUCCAAGUGCGGGCCCACACGCGCCGGGGCCCCGGCCCCUACAGCCCCCCCGUCCGCUACCGGACGUUCCUGCGGGACCAAGUCUCGCCCAAGAACUUCAAGGUGAAGAUGAUCAUGAAGACAUCGGUCCUGCUCAGCUGGGAAUUCCCAGACAACUACAACUCACCCACCCCAUACAAGAUCCAAUACAAUGGGCUCACGUUGGACGUGGAUGGCCGCACCACCAAGAAGCUCAUCACUCACCUCAAGCCCAACACCUUCUACAACUUCGUGCUGACCAACCGCGGCAGCAGCCUGGGCGGCCUCCAGCAGACAGUCACGGCCUGGACCGCCUUCAACCUUCUCAGCUCAAAGCCCAGCGUGACCCCCAAGCCCGACUCCGAUGGCUUCAUCGUGGUGUAUCUACCAGAUGGCCAGAGCCCCGUGCCUGUCCAGAACUACUUCAUCGUGAUGGUGCCACUGCGCAAAUCUCGUGGUGGUCAGUUCCUGACGCCACUGGGCAGCCCAGAGGAUAUGGACCUGGAGGAGCUGAUCCAGGACAUCGCACGGCUGCAGAGGCGCAGCCUGCGGCACUCGCGUCAGCUGGAGGUCCCCCGACCCUACAUUGCGGCUCGCUUCUCAGUGCUGCCACACACCUUCCAUCCUGGGGACCAGAAACAGUAUGGAGGCUUUGACAACAGGGGCCUGGAGCCUGGCCACCGAUAUGUCCUCUUUGUGCUUGCUGUGCUGCAGAAGAGUGAGCCUACAUUUGCGGCCAGCCCCUUCUCAGACCCCUUCCAGCUGGACAACCCAGAUCCCCAGCCCAUCGUAGACGGCGAGGAGGGGCUCAUCUGGGUGAUCGGGCCUGUGCUGGCUGUGGUCUUCAUUAUCUGCAUAGUGAUUGCCAUCUUGCUCUACAAGAAUAAGCCUGAUAGCAAACGAAAGGACUCUGAACCCCGUACCAAAUGCCUCCUGAACAACGCCGACCUUGCCCCCCACCACCCCAAGGACCCCGUGGAAAUGAGACGCAUUAACUUCCAGACGCCAGGCAUGCUCAGCCACCCGCCCAUUCCCAUUGGGGACAUGGCGGAGCACACAGAACGACUCAAGGCCAAUGACAGCCUCAAGCUCUCCCAGGAGUAUGAGUCCAUCGACCCGGGCCAGCAGUUUACGUGGGAGCACUCCAACCUGGAAGUGAACAAGCCCAAGAACCGCUAUGCCAAUGUCAUCGCCUACGACCACUCCCGCGUAAUCCUCCAACCCAUCGAAGGCAUUGUGGGCAGUGAUUAUAUCAACGCCAACUAUGUGGACGGCUACCGGCGGCAGAAUGCGUACAUCGCCACACAGGGGCCACUGCCAGAGACCUUUGGCGACUUCUGGCGUAUGGUGUGGGAGCAGCGCUCGGCCACCAUUGUUAUGAUGACGCGGCUAGAGGAGAAAUCACGGAUCAAAUGCGACCAGUACUGGCCCAACAGGGGCACGGAGACCUACGGCUUCAUUCAGGUCACGCUCUUGGACACCAUCGAGCUGGCCACCUUCUGCGUGAGGACGUUCUCCCUACACAAGAACGGCUCCAGCGAGAAACGGGAGGUCCGGCAGUUCCAGUUCACGGCGUGGCCAGACCACGGAGUGCCUGAGUACCCGACACCGUUCCUGGCUUUCCUGCGGAGAGUCAAGACCUGCAACCCGCCAGACGCGGGCCCCAUCGUGGUCCACUGCAGCGCGGGUGUGGGCCGCACAGGCUGCUUUAUCGUCAUUGAUGCCAUGCUGGAGCGGAUCAAGCCGGAGAAGACGGUGGACGUGUACGGCCAUGUGACGCUCAUGAGGUCCCAGCGCAACUACAUGGUGCAGACGGAGGACCAGUACAGCUUCAUCCACGAGGCCCUGCUGGAGGCCGUGGGCUGCGGCAACACGGAGGUGCCUGCCCGCAGCCUCUACGCCUACAUCCAGAAGCUGACGCAGGUGGAGCCGGGCGAGCACGUCACUGGCAUGGAACUCGAGUUCAAGCGGCUGGCCAACUCCAAAGCCCACACAUCCCGCUUCAUCAGUGCCAAUCUGCCUUGUAACAAGUUCAAGAACCGCCUGGUUAAUAUCAUGCCCUACGAGAGCACCCGGGUCUGCCUACAACCCAUCCGGGGCGUGGAGGGCUCCGACUACAUUAAUGCCAGCUUCAUUGAUGGUUACAGGCAGCAGAAGGCCUACAUAGCCACACAGGGCCCGCUGGCGGAAACCACGGAGGACUUCUGGCGCAUGCUCUGGGAGAACAACUCAACCAUCGUGGUGAUGCUGACCAAGCUGAGGGAGAUGGGCCGGGAGAAGUGUCACCAGUACUGGCCGGCCGAGCGCUCCGCCCGCUACCAGUACUUCGUGGUGGAUCCUAUGGCGGAAUACAACAUGCCUCAGUACAUCCUGCGGGAGUUCAAGGUCACAGACGCCCGGGACGGCCAGUCCCGGACGGUCCGGCAGUUCCAGUUCACGGACUGGCCGGAGCAGGGCGUGCCAAAGUCGGGGGAAGGCUUCAUCGACUUCAUCGGCCAAGUGCACAAGACCAAGGAGCAGUUUGGCCAGGAUGGCCCCAUCUCUGUCCACUGCAGUGCUGGCGUGGGCAGGACGGGUGUCUUCAUCACGCUCAGCAUCGUGCUGGAGCGGAUGCGGUACGAGGGUGUGGUGGACAUCUUCCAGACAGUGAAGAUGCUGCGGACCCAGAGGCCAGCCAUGGUGCAGAUGGAGGAUGAAUACCAGUUCUGCUACCAGGCGGCGCUGGAGUACCUCGGGAGCUUUGACCACUAUGCAACCUAG